AUGAACUUCAAGACCCUCUUCGCUACCAUCGCCGUCCUCGCGACCACCGCCCUCGCUGCCGACGAGCUCCAAGUCAACUCCCCCGCCUCUGUCGUUACCUGUCAGCCGGUCGCCCUCUCCUGGACUGGUGGUACGGCUCCUUACAUUGUUGCCGUCAUCCCUGGUGGCGAUCCUACCGGUACUGCCCUCGAGACCAUCUCCGACUCUGAAUCUGGCACCUCCACCACCUGGACCGCCGACAUUGCCUCGGGUACCUCCAUCACCUUCAAGAUUACGGAUGCUUCCGGUUCCAUCCAAUACUCUUCCCAGGUGACCAUCCAGGACGGUAGCAGCGACUCUUGUGUCGGCAGCUCCUCCGCCUCCGGCUCUUCCUCCGGAUCUGCCACCGACAGCUCGUCCGCUUCUGCCACCGACAGCUCUUCGUCUGGCGCCACUGCAGCUGCUGGCGGUUCUGGAUCUUCAGCCUCUGGGUCCGACAGCUCUGCCGCGUCUGCGACUGACAGCUCUGCCGCAUCUGGCGAAAGCUCGUCGGCGGCCUCCAGCCAGGCUACCAGCGCCGCGUCCUCUGCGGCGGGCAGCUCUUCCGCUGCCGGUUCUUCCUCGGCCGCUGGUGGCUCUUCGUCAGCCGCUGCCGGUUCUUCCUCGGCCUCCUCUUCUUCCGACUCUUCCUCUUCCGGAGCCCUUCCCCUCUCUGUCUCGGUUCCUGCUGUGGGUCUCGCCGCCCUCGGUGGUCUCGCCGCCUUCUUCUAA